UCACCUGUUCCUCCGGAUAAAAGGCCCUCCUCCUUUAUUCUACCCAUCGUUUCCCUUACAGAAGUUACUCCAUCUUGUCUGUCAAUUACAUACCUACCCUACCUACCCUACCCAUCCACAACCUUCUCUACUCCCUACAUCCCACAUCCCACUACCCUUCUCGUCCGAUGCCUGCAUCUAUCACUCUCACCGUCAGCCAUCUCCCAACCUCGACGUCUUUCUUCCUCUCCGCCCUACAACCCCUAGGCUAUUCCUUUCGAGCACGACAAGACCAAACUAUCGGCUUCGGUCCAGAGAGACAUCCCACUGCACCAGCUGAUUUCUGGAUCACACAAGAAAUCCCCGGUGUACCUGCUGGUGCUGCCCACGUGGCAUUCCCGGCCUCUUCCCGUUCCAAUGUCCAAGAUUUUUUCCUCGCCGCCCUCAAGGCGGGUGGAAAGAUUCAUGGAGAACCAGCACAAAGGGAUGCUCUGGGAUAUUACUCGGCCGCUGUGAUCGAUUUCGAUGGUAAUUCUAUAGAGGCUGUUUAUCGUCCUGCCUUGGUCGACAAGUCUGAUGGCAAGAGCACUGUGUCUCGAGCGAGUGCUACGCCCAGUCACAAAGCCCCUACUACUGUCUCAAGGGCAAAGACGGUGGUUUCGGUCAAAUCUCCUACGGUUGUCUCCCAAGCAAAGACGGUAGCUUCUGUCAAAGCUCCAACUGUCGUCUCUCAAGCGAGGACUGCCGUUGCAUCUCAAGUCAAGUCUGUGGCUCCAGGAUCCUGUGUUUCGGCUGCUGCAGCACCAGCGCCAGCACCCUCAGUUGCAGCUGCACCCGCAAUGACAGCCCCAGCGACCCCAGCACAGCCUGCUGUUCUGGAUAGUCUGAUCAGUGAAGCUCGAAAUGCCGCAACCCUGGCUCUGGAUCUCGUCAACACCGUUCGACCCGGCCUUGCCUCGGCGAAUUCCGCUCCUGCAGCCACAGGUGUACUCUCCAGCAUCAACGCCGACCAUGCCGCUGGCGGAGCAAUCGUGGGUACAUUGAUUGGAGUUGCUGCUGGAGCUGCUUUGCAAUACGCCUUCAGCAACCGAUCCAAAGAGAACAAUGCACCAGAUCCACCACCGAAUGCUAAUCCAAUACAACCUGCUCCUAUGGAUCGCAGCUUCACUUCACCAGAUAUAUUGAGACCAGAGUAUUCAUCUGCGGUAUGUGCAUCAGCCGUUCAUUUCCCAGUGGUGACAACUUAUCAAGCAAUCGAGCCGGCGCCCACGACAUACACCUACGCGGUACAAAGCCAAUACGACGCACCACGGCUAAUCACCAUGCAGGACAACGACCCUCCUGCUCCGCCUUCAGAUAUCGCAUCAACCAUCAAAGCCCCGGCAUCAACCCACAUAUCACGCAAAAAGAGCGUCGACUCAGGAUUCGGCCCUGGUCCACGCGAUCUCGAAAUCGUCUCCACCGUUUCAUCCAAAGCCAGUCGCCAGAGCAAGAAAAGCACCACUAAAGCCAUCGAACCACCACCGACCAGUUACCGCGCUCCAACUGUGCUCACCACCGCAGAUACACAAAUUUCCAAACGAUCCAGCAGUCGCAGCAGCGGGAUCAAACUCCGAUCCGAAAGCAUCAGCCGCGUUCUGAGUAGUGUGACGGGACGAAAUAAAGACGAAGCCGGUGAUCACGGUAAAUCCACAACUUCACGCGCCAGAAGUCAAAGUCGGCACAGCGAACGAUCUCGAAGAAGUCGAAAAGACGAAUGGGAUGACGGUGAAGAAGAGGCAAAGACGGUUUUACACGUGACGGUCCGAACCACGGAUUCAAGUCACGUUCGAUCUUCAUCGAAAGCCGGGUCCCGCGCAAUGAGUCGAUCCAGUUCGAAACAUUCACACCAUCAUCAUAGCAACCACAGUGGUCAUUCCUCCCAUGUCGUCGCUCGUGGUUCGGGUGAAAGUAACGUCAGCAGAGAGCCGAAUAUGUAUACCCUACCACCAUCUCGAGCAGCGACUUGGGCUGGAGGUGCGGGAUCGGAAUCGGGGUCUUUUGUCUCGGCUCUUCAACAUCAACAAUACAAUCAGCAUCAACAUGGUCAUAGUGGUGGGAUAGGACAGGUUGCGGCGCCGAGAACUAUUAUCGGGCGUUUGACGAGUCGGAAUUUAAGUAAACAGGGCAGAGGGACGGCGUAUCGUGACUUUGCAGAGGUGGGCACGGAGAGUGUGUUGAGUAAGAAGAAGGAAAUGGAGGGGUUGGGUGUUACGGCGAGGGAGGUUAGGCCGGAGGAUAGUAUCAGUCAGGUUAGUGUGAAUAGUUCGAGAGGGAGGAGUAUGAGGUCGGGGAGUAGGAGGAGGUGAUGUG